AUGUCUCUCUCUCUCUUUCUCUCUCUCUCUAUCUCUCUCUCUCUCUCCAUUCAUUUGCGAACAUUUUUGUAUAAUAAAUAUCUAUCUAUCUAUCUAUCUAUCUAUCUAUCUAUCUAUCUAUCUAUCUAUCUAUCUAUCUAUCCCAAACAUUCAUGCCAAUUCACACAUAAAGAAAAAGAGAAACAUAAUCCAUAUAUAUAUAUAUAUAUAUAUAUCUCAACAAUCUAUCUAUCUAUCUAUCUAUCUAUCUAUCUAUCUAUCUAUCUAUCUAUCUAUCUAUCUAUCAGGAGUGCUGAAAACCGUGACGGCCAUCAUAGCAUGAGGCACCACACAAGGCACCACAGAAGGUACAACGGUAUGCGCCAUACCAUGCAGCGUCAUGAAUACACCCGAUCGUUUGGCAUGAGUGGUAUGAGUCGUGGACAUCACUGCUACCAUGACUACGAUUACCAACCAAUACCCCCACCACCUUACGACAGAGAUUUCUUACCGGACGAAAAUGAACAUUCAGAAGAUAUCAGUGACUCUUCAUCAAGACAACAACGACGACGACGAAGAAGAAGAAGAAAUAAGGGUUUUCCUCGAAGCAAGAAACGAAGCAGGAUUCAGAUGUAUUUCACAAACAUCGCAGGAAAAAAUUGGUGGGAAGGGCCUAACGUUUGUAAGACUAAAACACAGGACAUAAACAAUGUGACAGAAAGCGAUAUUCAGAGCUAUAACAUUAUGUACAGCAAAGCGUGUGACCAGUCAGAAACCAGCGUCCGAUGCACAACUUCGAUUAUUGAAAAUGGAGAAAAACUAAUUGAAACUGAAGUUCUUGAGUGUUGUGCUGGAUGGUCCAGAAAUAGAGGAGACUUUGGAUGCAACAUUGCAAUUGAACUCGUCAAUCUCGUGGAACUUCUUCAGAAGGAGGGACUGACAGAAUUUCUUUCAGCUGCCAGAGCAAUGGGACUGGAAAAGGAGUUGAGUCAAGAAAACAUCACUGUAUUUGUACCACUCAAUUCUGGAUUCAAACAAGACGGAGAAAGUAUUUUGCCUAAAAUAGCCGAACCUGGAAAGGACUUUCCAUUGACCAAUGUAGUAAUUGUAUCCAAACCAUCAGCUAUUAAAUACAUGGAUGAUAUCCGAGCACUACUUUUGAGUCACAUGGUCCCAGGUGUUAUAAGGUCAAGCAACAUGUACAAUAACCAACUUGUACCCACAGGAAGUCCAUUCAAAUCAUCAAUAAGAAUUAAUUUUUACAAUCAUCCAGUGAAGAUGAUGACAGCCAAUUGUAUAAAAGUAACAUCACCCAAUCUACAAGCAACGAAUGGAGUUGUCUACAUUGUUGAAAAAAUCAUCAAUCCUGGAUCUGAUUCUCUUCUUGAUCAAAUUACUAGUCAUCCAGAACUCUCCUUCCUUAAACGAGUAAUUGGCAAAGUUGGUUUUGUUCAGAUGUUCAAUGAAGAAGGUCAAAUGACUGUCUUCGCUCCAACAAACGCCGCUUUUAAAAAACUUGACAAAAAAAUUUUGGAUAAAUUGACAAAUGAAAGAGACGAAUGUGCACAAAUGAUUUUGAAGAACCACAUACUGCCUAAUAUAAUUUGCUCAGCACCGAUUCAAGGUCAUGUACGAACUCCAAAUCUUCUUGGACAACAUUUGCAGCUACAUCGAGAUGAAGACGGAAAACUCUUUGUGAAUUCUGCUCAAAUAGUUGUCCGUGACAUCAUGACAACUAAUGGAGUUUUGUAUCUUAUUGACGAAGUCCUUGUGCCUGAUGGUGCCAAAACCUUCUUGGAAAUUGCUGAAACCAAGAAUGCUGGUCACUUCGUUGAAUUGGUGAAGAAAUCUAAUUUGAUAAAUGAUCUGAAUAGUUUGAAGAAUGUGACAAUAUUCUUACCAACAGAUGAAGCUUCAGAGGCUUUGGUGAAUAAAUACUCACAAGAUUCUGUGGCAAAGUUAGAGGAUUUGGAAAAACUGCAAACAAUUCUUCGUUACCAUAUUGCUCUUGGUACCUAUACUGCAAAGCGGUUCUACAAUGACAAAGUUAUCGACACUCUGCUGGAAGAUAAUAGAAAAUUGCGUAUUAACGAAUAUUCAAUGUUCUCUUUUGAUACAACUUGGAUCCAUACUGUCCAAUGCAGCCGUAUAUCCAGUAGACCAAUACAAACAUGCAAUGGAGUGGCUUAUUUGGUGGACAAGGUACUCAUUCCUCCAGAAGGUGAUAUCAUGCAUAUGUUGUCUCUGGACAAGCGCCUCACUACCUUUGUGGAUCUCUUAAAGAAGUCAGGAAUGGGUGACAAGAUUGGAAAUCAUAAAAGCCCGCUCACAGUUUUCGCCCCAACCAAUAGCGCUUUUCAGAGACUCAGUGCUCGAGAAAAAGAAAGUUUGGAGAAAGAUUUGGAUUCAAUGUCGUCUUAUGUCAGCGAAAGUACAAUGUGCUGUGCUAGUCUCCAUCAGGGAAUUGGGUGGUUUGGCCGUACCUGGAGAAGCAAACCGAGUUUUCAUGGUGCAGACAUAAUCUCAUGCGAUAAUAUGGCCACAAAUGGUGUCAUACAUAUUAUUGACGGACAUUUAGAAACCCCAAACCGCCAAACAUAUGAAACGAUGUCGAGGUCACUUCAAGGACGUCACGAGACAAUUAAAAUUCAGGCCAUAUGGGUUUUAAUUGCCUUUUUACGACUACCUACGCCAACAUCAGCCGAUUCUUCCCACGAAUUUGAAAAUUUACAGAAUGAAUUUACCAAAUGGAAAAUGGCAAAAUAUCCUUACCAUUUCGAACACCUCAGACAUAAUUAUAAACUGAACUCAUACAGCCUGAAAGGUUACAAAGAAGAGAAGGAUAAAAUUAGUGAGUUUCUGAAUACACUUAAACAAAUUUCCAGAAAUAACCUUCAAAGCAGAGACGUCUUCCUUUUUGAUGUCAUGAAGCAAAUGCUUGAACAGAAGUUCCAUGGCUAUAAAUGGCAUCUAUACGGGGCUCUGAAUCCACUUUCCUUUCUAGAAAAUGUUAUCACGCCACAAUCACUUGUAACACCAGAGACCAAUUAUAAUGAAGAAGGUAUACAGAAUUUGUUAAAGUUAAUAGGUGAUAUAAAGCGAUUGCUUGAAGAAUAUAAGACACUGAUGCGGAAAGCUAUUGAAAAUGGUCACAUACAACACAAUGUGUCAGUAAUUCCGGUUUAUGAAAAACUAUUAAAACUGUCCCAGAUGAAACCAAAUAGUGAACUUUAUUUAGUUCAGGACCUAAGCAAAUAUAUUACUAAGUUGAAUGUGACAAGCGAUCGCAAGAAUGAUUUGAAAUUAUUGACGAAUGAAACUAUGGCGAACAUUAGACAAGCUUAUAGUUCCAUGGCUCAGUUUCUAAAAAAUGAAUAUCUCCCAAAUACCAGACCACAUAUAGCUAUCAGCUCCUUGCCAAAUGGGCGCAAAUUAUACGAUGAUUACCUCAGGUGGCAUUUAUCUACAUCUAUAUCUGCUGACAAUUUGCAUAACUUAGGGCGUUCUGAGAUAGACAGAAUCCAUGGAUGCAUGAAAAAGAUAAUGUCUAAACAGAAAUUUAAUGGAACUAUUCGGGAAUACUUCAAUAGUCUGUCCAUGCGUUCAGAGUUUUUCUUAAAAACUAAAGAAGAUAUAGUGAACAGAUACAAAUUACUUAUCCAAAAGGUAAAAGAUAAACUCAACACUACAUUCCGGGAUUAUCCAGAUCUGCCUAUGGAUAUCCGUCCAAUGUCAUAUGAUGGUCCUGUAGCCAUGUAUAUUGAUGGAAGUAAAUCCGGAAGAAAACAUGGUUCUUUUAUUUUGAAUCUGCAUCGGCUACGAGAAAUGCCAACAUAUCAAAUGACGGCUUUGGCAUUACAUGAAGCUGUUCCCGGUCACCAUUUCCAGAGGAGUUACUCGCUCGUCUCUCGUCUGCCAUUGUGGAAGUCACACUCAAUCAUCGAUGAUUAUUUCUUGAUCCCUUUCCAGUUCCCAUUCAAUACAGCGUAUAUUGAGGGAUGGGGUUUGUAUUCCGAAUAUCUUGGCGAAGAAAUGGGUUUAUACGAAACGGAUUAUGACUUAAUGGGACGUUAUUCCUUUGAAAUAUUCCGGGCAUGUCGCCUAGUAAUUGACACUGGUAUACAUGCAAAAAACAUGACUCGUGAAGAGGGAAUCCAGCUUUUAAUGAAGUACACUGGAUCAAGUUUAGCAAAUGCACAAAUUGAAGUGGAUCGAUACAUAACAUUUCCAGGACAAGCAUGUGCCUAUAAAAUUGGCGAAAUUAAAAUCCUUCAACUUAGACAAAAAGCCGUAAAAGUUCUUGGUGCUUCAUUUGAUAUCAGAGAUUUCCAUGAUACAAUACUGAAGACUGGAAGUGUACCUUUGGAAAUUCUUGAACAGAGGGUAGAUGAAAUGAUUGCUUCUAGUGGUGUUACAAAGAUGCUAGCGCAACGACCGCUAAAUACGGUUUUUGCUGCCCCCCUCCGCCCCAAGUACCGUUCUCACAUUUAUAGACUGCGGGCAAUCCACUUCGUCGCUCGGUGUAUAGUAUAA